AUGUGGCUGCCCUGGACCGCGAGCGGCGCGCGGCACGAGGCGAGCGGGCCACGUCGCAGCUACACCGCCUCGCCCGCCCCCUCCCAUCUUCCGCCCUCGUCGUCGCCAGCAGCUUCAGCAGCCUCGAGGGGCAUGUGGGACCGCCUCAGCCUUGACAGCACGGCCGACAUCCCGCCCGACACCCCGCUCCUGUUCGCCCACGAGCCCAAGCACGACCCGCCCUCGUCGAGCGCAUUCCCCUCACGGCGUUCCUCGCCGACCACACCGCCGCUCCACCACCACAACGACCAGCCGCACACUGCCCUCGACCUGGGCAACCCGACCGCACCCUCCAGCCCUCGCCACUACGCGUCGACCCUGCGCACCCACCGCCGCAAGCACCGCCUCGCGUCGCUCGCCUACUCGAGCGCGCUCGUCUGCCUCGCCGCGUCGACCCUCCUCGCGUGCGCCGUCGUCGGCUGGUCCGCCCACUUUGUCUACACGCGCCACGCCGCACUCGCCACGGCCGUCUUUGCCCCGCCGCUCGAGCCACGGCCCGUCAGCGUCGAGUGGGCCGCACCACCGUUUCCCCCGUCGGGUGCGGCGCAGGCCCAGGCGGCGGCGAAACCCGAUCACGCCGCAGGACGUGACGGCGUCGACCAGGUCGAGCGCGAGCUCGACAGGCGGUACGUCGACGAGCUGGGCCUCCCGUCGACGACGGGCGACUUGCGGUGCGCGAGCGUCGUCGACUCGGCCGCGCUCUCGCGCCGGUACGACGGCCUGCGCGCUCCUCCUUCGGGCGUGACGUCGUCAACGACCAAGACGCUCGUCGCGCUCAACCUGUACAACAGCGAGCUCGUCAUCCCGGCCCUGUCGCACGCCCUCCUCGCCGUCGCGUCCUUCCUCGGGCCCGCCAACGUUCACAUCUCGAUCUUCGAGAACGGCUCGACCGACCGCACCGUCGCCGCGCUCGCGCACCUCGCGCGCGCCCUGAGCGCCCUCGGCGCCGACCACGACGUCGUGAGCGACCCGCGCACGACCGACUGGAAAAAGGUCGACCGCAUCGACCAGCUCGCAGUGUUCCGCAACCUCCUGUUCCAGCGGCGGGUCCAGGGCGCCGACGCGGCGUGCGCGAUGGACUGGCGGGCCAACAAGGGUCCCGGGCACUGGUGGCGCGACAGCAUCCUCUACUACGACUCGUGGGUCGGCCGCUCGCUGUCGGGCCAGAUGAUGCGCCCGCGCACCGACCUCUUCCAGGAGUGGCACGACGGCGUCGACGGCCUGUUCAAUGCCGAGGGCGACGAGGCGAGCAAGGCGAGGUUCACUCGAGGGCUCCCGACCCCGGUCUACUCGUGCUGGAACGGCAUGCUCGCCCUCGACGCUCGGCCCUUCACCUCGACCGCGCCCGCACCCCGUUACGACCCGGCGUCGACCCUGUCGACCUCGGCGCGCAAGUCGUGGCGCCGUCCGCCGCCCGCCUCGGCGCUCGAGCCGGCCAAGUUCCGCUCGGCGUUGAACCGCGAGGGCGAGUGCGCCGCGAGCGAGUGCAAGACGCUCGCCAAGGACUUUUGGACGAGAGGCUACGACCGGUGGCUCGUCGUACCCUCGGUCCACGUGACGUACGACGCCGCCGUCUACAACCAUCCUCGACUGUGGCAGCUCGCGUCGCUCCACCCUCCCUCCCUCUCGAACCUCACCCUCACCUCCUCGUCCGCCCUCGACUCGCCCCCACCACCAUCACGCGCCGACGGCGACGUCGACGACGACGAGCCGAGCGAGCUCAUCCCGUGGGCGACGCUCUCGCCGCCCGACACCGUCGUCUGCUGGGCCUGGGUCCGCGGCUUCCACCUCGAUCUCGAGUGGGUCCGCGCGACGUGGUUCCGCCCUUACGCGUUCGCGCGCAGCCUCCUCGACGUCGGUGGCGGUCCGCGACGAGCGUGACGGCGCUGGGUCUCGAAGUUGUACGGUUGUCGGGCUCCGUUUUCCACUCUCUCUCUCUCUUCC